ACUGUGCUCGCAUUUCGCACAAUUCCAACCACCAUUCUCAUAACCGUCAUUUAUGCGGCAGUCUUCAGCACCUUGUUGAUAACCGACCAGCUUCCCUCUGUGCCCAAACAUACACGGGGCUUAGAUUUUCAGCAGGCAUACAGAGACUUGCACGAGGUGGCCGCUCGUCCGCAUCCUUUCAACUCGCAUGCCAAUGUUCUAGUUCGGUCCUACCUCUUGAAUCGCGUCAAGGACAUCGCUUCUUCCUAUGACCACGUCUCCGUGGAUUUCGACCUUUCUUCAAAUGCGUCUUGGGCCUCAGGACUCCUCUCCACCAACCCAUACGCAGUGUAUUACGAGUCUGACAAUGUAUUGGUCAAGGUUGAGGGGAGCGAUAAGGAGUAUCAAGAGUCAGGCGGGCUUUUGCUCAGUGCUCACUGGGACUCUGUCAGUACCGCUCCUGGCGCGACGGAUGAUGGUAUGGGCGUGGUGACGCUUUUGAGUAUGGUGAAGUACUUUGCGGAGAACAGGCCAAGGCGGACGGUGGUGUUCAACAUCAAUAAUGGCGAAGAGGAUGGCUUGAAUGGUGCUCAUGUUUUCAUGGAGCAUCCGUGGGCCAAUGUCACUGAUACCUUCUUGAACCUGGAAGGCGCUGCCGCAGGAGGACGACCACUACUCUUCCGAACGACUUCUCGCGCUCCUCUGGCGUCUUGGAGCACUUCUCAUCCUCACGCAAAUGUCCUUACUGCCGAUGCGUUUUCGCGUGGUGUUAUCCGCAGUGGUACAGACUACUCGGUCUACGAACAAGCUGGACUCAAGGGGCUAGAUUUUGCUUUCUACCGCGGAAGGAGCAGGUACCAUACGAAGUACGAUUCUAUCCCUGGUAUGUCUGACGACAAGAGCAAAAACGCGUUAUGGUCAAUGAUGGAGGGAACACUGUCCUCGAGUCUCGUGCUCGCAAAUGAUGCAAAGGGAAAAACGAGGACCGAGUCCGCUGGACAAGGAAGUGAGCCAGUGUAUUUCGACCUUUUUGGUACCAUUAUGAUCGUGUUCACAUUCCAAACUCUAAGGAUCGCAAACAUAGUCCUCCUUAUCGUCGGGCCUGUCAUCCUCCUGAUGUUGGUCUACUUCGAGCAUAUCAUCCGAGUUGCGUCUUUUAUUCGUUCUGGAAACUAUCGUGCUGCAAAUGGUGAUGUACAUCGCGAGAGCUUUGUGGUGCGUGCAUCGGCGGAAAUCAAACAUUUCCUCAAAAGCUUUUGGGUCUGGUCCAAAUUUUGGACUGCUUUGUUACUCGGUGUUGCCUUCCAGAUGCUUUUAGUGGUAGGAUAUGCGAAGCUGAAUCCAUUCGUCAUUCACACUCACCCUUGGCUUGUGCUUGUGUCUGCGUUGUCGCUGGCUUAUCUCACAACAGUCCUUGCUCUCACCUUUCCACUUACGAAGCAUGGCGUUGUUCCUGCUCCAGAACAGCAAAAGCUGUCUAUCCUUCUCCAUCAGUAUGUUCUGACAUGGGCGCUACUCGUAUAUACAACAUCAGCCAUGACACUUGGGGGAACAUAUUUCAUAACCGCUUGGAACGCGGUGGUUUUCCUUGGAGCUGUGCUCGCGUGUGUGGAAGGCAUGGCUGGCGCUCGAGGAUACGAAGACGAGGAAGAGAUUCAAGGACAAAGGCGUUACGUGCGAGGUGUGCACUACGAUGCCGUGGACACUGCCGAGAACGGCCAACAGGACUCCGAGAAUGGCCACCAGCGCGAAACUGAGCCGACAGAGAUUACACCUCUCAUCGCUCAGCAUGGCCAGUCCAGGCCGUUAGGUGAAGAGCAGGGUGCUAUUGGCUGGUGGAUUGCCCAGCUGUUGGUUGUUGUUCCGUUGCCUGUUAUUCUAGCGUCUCAUAUCGCGGUCAUCGUACUACUUGCAACAAACCAGACGCUCACAGACGGAACCAGUCCUUUGAGUGUCUAUGGACCGGUCUCGAUUCUAGCGUUACUCAUCGUACUUCCUAUUGCACCAUUCAGUAUGAACAUGCAUCGCUGGCUGAACGGCAUCAUUCUCAUGCUCUUCAUCCUGUCAACACUCUACACUUAUCUUGCGUUCCCAUUCUCACAAGAAACACCACUCAAGGUCUAUUUCGCUCAAAGUGUGGACUUAGACACGUCUCGCGUGGUUACCGCACUAACUGGUCCUCGUCAAUUCCUGUCGACAGCGAUUAUCCCCCGAUUCCCCUCUGCAUUUGACCAACCAGUCAAUUGUACAGAUGCUCCGGACAAGCUUGGCCUGCAAACUUGUACAUGGGAGGUUGGGGAUGCAUUUGUGCCCUCUCCGGGUCCGAGCAAGCGUCGUUAUGGACAAGGUCCUAGGUCCUCCUUGGGGAAGUGGGUGACCACAUCCGUUAAGCGUACGGGAUCGAACAGCGCGCGCAUCAAAGUACAAGGAUUGAACACUCGAAGCUGUACUCUUCAAUUCUCAGGCAAACGCGUGAAAAGAUUCCAUCUUUCUGGCGACGGCGGAAAAGGGUUGCAAGGCGGCUCUGGGGUGCCUGAAGACGGGCUCGAACAAAUGCGACUAUGGAGUCGGGAUUGGGAGAAGGGGUUCGAGGUGGACGUUGAUUUUGCAGGGAGUGGUGAUGAGAAGGCGACGGGACGCGUGAGUUGUGGUUGGGCAGAGUAUGAAAGUGCUACUGUUGGUGGGGGGCGAACUGGGGGCAAGAUUCCGUCAUUGGAGGAGGUGCUUCUUUUCUUGCCAGAGUGGGCAGUUGUUACGAAGAGCUCGGCCGCGCUAUUUGAAGCUGGAUGGGAAUUUGAGGUUUGAUUCGAAUUGACGUAGGGAAUAAUUUGAAUUUGAACCUAAUCGCCACGUCGAAUGCAGAGCUUGAGCUUAGACUUUUAUAUACAGGUAAUUUACCCUUAACAGGUCCAGGGACCGUAACUGGUCAGCAUAAAACUCCAAAGCCGCGCCCGACAAUUCGUUUCACUGCAGUACUCAGGAUGUUAGGUUUUCUUGUUGCCCUUCAAAUCAUCGGUCUUGUCGCGGCGUCCCCCUGGACCUCAGACCCUUCCGACAAAUGUUAUUUCAACCCUCUCCCUUCCAUACCAACCUCGACUGCCAACCGUACCGUACCAUGGGGCCAGCCAACGAUUCAAUUCGCAAAUGGCACGACAUGCUGUUCUUCACUGAAUGAAAUUCGAGUACAGCUGGACACCAUC